GGAAUUAAAAAAAAAUCUGCCGAACAAAAACGGAAGAAAACAUAUAUUAAGGAUGAAGUGAUGAAAGAAGGUGAUACUGAGAUGGAUUCAGAGUACAAAGAUAUUGGGCCAGUUAGUGAUAAGGUUGAAGAUAGCGCUUUGGAAUGUAUCAGAUCCAUCUGUCGUAAAGGUUUACGACCAAUACUGAAAGAUUUUGCGUCUGUCCGAAAAUUUUUACCACCAAAAAUGACAACGAUUAUGUUUGAUCGGUAUCCUGCUAAAAAUCGAUACACUGAUGUAAUGUGUCUCGAUAAAACACGGGUAAUCUUGAAAGAUCGUCCAAGAAACAAUGAUUACAUUCAUGCAAAUUGGGUUCAACUAUCAACUAAUAGACGAUACAUUUGUACACAGGGUCCACUUGAAGAAACUAUUGAAGAUUUCUGGUGGAUGAUUUUCAAGGUGUGUGAGUGGGCGUUAUGUGGGUGCGUGGGUGGUGUCUGGGUGGGCGUUAUGUGGGUGCAUGGGUGGGCGUUAUGUGGGUGCCUGGGUGGGUGUGACGAAGAAGUACAAGCAAUAGUAAUGUUAUGUGAUUUUAUCGAAAAUGGUGAAUCAAAAUGCGCCGAAUAUUAUCCUCUAACAACUGGUGAAAAAAUUCAAUACGGUGAAAUUACUGUGAAAAAUGAAAAGCAUGGAGAAGACUUAGAAUCAACUGUCUGCCAAAUAAUGAGCGUACGAUUAGAAGAUGAUAUACGUCGUGUCUAUCACUACAAAUGGUCUAACUGGCCGGAUCGUUCAUCACCACGUUCCGGUACACCGUUAAUUGCAUUACUUAUGAAAUUAAAAACACUGCAAGAAAAAGGACCGGUUGCCGUACAUUGUUCCGCAGGGAUUGGUCGAACGGGUACUUUUUGUGCCGUUGAUUAUGCCAUAGAUCGACUUAACGAAGAAGGAACUGUUUCUCCAUCUGAUGUUGUUAAAAAAAUUCGCCGUCAACGGCUACAUUCGGUGCAAUCAGUAUUGCAAUAUUUAUAUAUGCAUAUUUGUCUAAUCGAAUAUAUGCAAAUAGUGAAGUCAUUACCGCAAGAUUCACUUAUAAGACGAUUUCGGCGUGAUUAUGAAAAAUAUUUGAAAAAAUUUAAUGAACAUCUAACGAAAGAAAAACAACAUGUGAGUGGUUCUACGUAA